AUGACUGCGAAAUGCGCAGCUACCUGUGGUUUCUGCGGUAGCAGUGGCUCAGAAUCGUCUGGCACGGCAACAACGACUGCCGCAGCAGCAACAACGACGGCUGCUGGCAGCAGCACAUGCGAAGAUGCUAGUGGAGGUGAAUGUGAAACAAAGAAGGACCUCUGUAGCAACUCCCUUUACAAAUCACUUAUGACAAAGAAAUGUCCUAAAACUUGUGGAUUCUGUUAA